GAUUUGGAGGAGUUCUUGGAAGAACCAUUGUUCAGAGAUGGCUGCAAGACCCAUUGUUCAACCGCAAAACAGACCCGAGGCAGGUCCAGAGGAUGUUAAGCAGAAAAACACGGCAGCCGAAGGGAGAAAUCGCCGUGCCCUAGGUGAUAUUGGGAAUAUGGUUACAAUUCGUGGAGUCGAUGGCAAACCAUUGCCUCAAGUCUCUCGCCCUGUUACAAGAAGCUUCUGCGCACAACUACUCGCAAAUGCACAAGCUGCAGCAGCAGAAAACAAGAAAUCAGUGGCUCUGAAUGUGGAUGGAGUCAAAGGGGUUAAAGGAGCCGAAGCACGGAAGCCAGCUCAGAAGAAAGUUACUGUCAAACCGAAACCUGAAAAUGUAAUUGUGGUAAGUCCUGAUACUGAGGAAGAGAACAAGAAUGAGAAGACUAAGAACAAGAAAAAGUCUGGUGAAGGGUCAUAUAGAAAGAAAGCUCCAACUCUUACUUCAGCUCUUACAUCUCGAAGCAAGGCUGCUUGUGGACUGGCUGAUAAACGCCAGGUGGAGAUUAUAGAUAUCGAUGCUGCAGAUGUGACUAAUGAGUUAGCAGUUGUCGACUAUGUUGAGGAUAUAUACAAAUUCUACAAGGAAAUUGAGAAUGAGAGCCGAGUUCAUGACUAUAUGGAUUCACAGCCAGAAAUAAAUGAGAAGAUGAGAGCUAUUCUGAUUGAUUGGUUGAUUGACGUUCAUCACAAGUUCGAACUUAUGACAGAGACACUUUACCUCACCAUCAACAUUGUUGAUCGCUACCUUGCAACGAAGACUGCGACAAGGAAGGAAUUGCAGUUACUGGGCAUGAGUGCCAUGCUUAUGGCCUCCAAGUAUGAAGAGAUCUGGGGCCCAGAAGUCAAUGACUUUGUGUGCAUCUCAGAUAGAGCUUAUACUCAUCAGCAGGUGUUGGUCAUGGAGAAACGCAUACUGGGUCAGUUGGAAUGGAAACUGACUGUUCCUACGCCUUUUGUGUUCCUCGUGCGUUUCACUAAAGCUUCUACUCCUGAUCCGGAUAUGGAAAAUAUGGUCUAUUUUUUGGCUGAGUUGGCUAUGAUGAACUAUGCCACUAUAAUGUACUGUCCAUCAAAGAUAGCUGCCUCAGCAGUGUACGCUGCCCGCUGCACCUUGAACAAAAUCCCUUCAUGGAAUGAGACUCUAAAACUGCAUACGGGUUUCUCAGAGCCACAACUGAUGGAUUGCGCUAAACUACUUGUUAGCUUCCACUCAAUGGCGGCAGACCACAAGUUGAAGGUGAUUUAUAGGAAGUACUCCAAUCCUCAGAGAGGUGCUGUUGCUAUGUUUCCACCAGCCAAAGCUCUCUUGGCUGCAUCAUGA